AUGGCCGAUGGGUCUGGCCUGGUCGGGGCGCUCCCUCCACCCCCGGGCAUCGUACCAGAUUUUUAUCACCCAACAGAUCUGAGCAGGACGAGGCUCUUUGCAGCAAUAGUGGUGAUGGCAGUUGCCAUCACUAUACCAUUCAUUUUCAGGAUCUACUCCAAGACAAGGAUCACUGUGGAAUACUACAAGGAAGAUUGGACUUGCACAGUGGCAUACGUUAUGUUAAUGUGCUACUUGGGCACAGUACUCGUAAUGGCAUAUUACGGGGAAGGUUAUCACGCCUGGGAGGUGACCAAGAAGGAUUACAGUAAAAUUAAUCUUUUCCUCUACAUCGGCUCAAUCAUAUAUUGCCCCGCAGCCUACUUCACUAAGGUAACUUUGCUCCUUUUCGAGGCUCGGGUAUUUUCCGUCUAUCAAAGAGUUGCAAAGACCAUUCAUGUCUUCAUCGUUGCGCUCGCUAUUCUAUACAUGCCGAUAUUAUUCACGAAGGCUUUUCUCUGCACCCCAGUGGCUGCAGCCUGGAACCUGGACAUCAAACCAGCAAAGUGUCUCAACCAACGGAAGGUCUUUCUGUCUGACAUGUCUCUUGGUCUUCUCACGGACAUUUGCAUACUUGUGCUGCCGCUGUUGUUGACAAGGCCGCUUCAUGUGUCCCUCCGAACCAAGAUCAAGAUUGUUAUGCUGUUGGGAGCAGGUGGUGCAGCAACGGGUGUCUCUGCUCUUCGUCUGUACAAAGAAGUGGAGUGCCUCGGAACAACUGAUGCAACAGAAGGCUAUUUUUUGUUAAAUCUCACAACCUGGUUCACAGUCCAGCGUCAUUCAACUCCAAACGUACCUCGGACAUGCAGGCAUGAUAAUGCGAGAAAAGCCUGGUAUUCGAAGAUGUGGUCCAGAAAAACAGCAACUACAUUGAUGGAUUUGGAUUCUCAAGGAGAAUCCAAUAGCAAUGAGUCUGCAAUCGCCCCAGAUCCAGAAGCAGUGCUUCAGAGCGAUAUGGGCUCCAAUUGUGGUCAUAUCACGGGAGUUAGUGGAGGUGGAGGACCCUAUGAAAGCUUGCUGGAGCCACCAAGUGGUAUAAAGGUUCCAGAAGAAGCUUUGACUCGAAACUAUACAGGUGUCAAUGGAAAUAGAGUUAGGGAAACUGAACGGGAGCGUACAGUGCCAUGA